AUGAACCAUUCCUGCGACAACCACUGUGCUCUGGCCAUGAACCAUUCCUGCGACAACCACUGUGCUCUGGCCAUGAACCAUCCCUGCGACAACCACUGCACUCUGGACAUGAACCAUCCCCACGACAACCACUGUGCUCUGGACAUGAACCAUCCCUGCGACAACCACUGCACUCUGGCUAAGAACCAUCCCCACGACAAUCACUGUGCUCUGGCCAUGAACCAUGCUUGUGACAACCACUGUAUCCUGGACAUGAACCAUGCGUGUGACAACUACUGUAUUCUGGACAUGUACAAUGCUUGUGACAACUACUGUAUUCUGGACAUGAACAAUGCUUGUGACAACACAGUGCUUCGGAACAUGAACAAUGUUUGUGUCAAGUGGGAAACGACAGGGUUCUAA